AUGGUUUCCCAGUCUCUCGAUGCCACGGCACUUACUACUGAUGCUAGUCAAUCCGCUGUGCUUCACCGUGAUCUACGGAGCCACUUCGCCCACACAAUUGGUGGCGAAGGCCAUUUCUAUGUACUGGAAGGCGGCAGGAAGAUAUUCGAUGCCUCGGGAGGCGCUGCAGUGGCGUGCCUCGGCCAUGGAGACAAGAGAGUGGCAGAGGCCAUGAUGCGGCAGCUAGGCGGCAUCGCAUACAGUCCUUCGACAUUCUUCACCACGCCUGUAUGCGAACAACUGUGCCAGUUUCUCAUCGACUCAACCCACGGCCACAUGUCACGAGCCUACCUAGUCAGCAGUGGGUCCGAAGCUAUGGAGGCAGCUAUGAAACUGGCGAGGCAAUAUUAUCUGGAAAAAGAAGCCGCCGAACCUCAGAGACAUCUCUUCAUCGCGCGAGAGCGGUCAUAUCAUGGAACAACUUUGGGCGCACUGUCAAUGGGAGGUCAUGUGACUCGUCGAGCCAACUUCACGCCAAUGUUAAUCAAUAACAUUGUUUCCCACGUUUCACCGUGCUACAGUUACAGAGGCAAGACGCCAGGCGAAUCAGACAAGUCCUAUGUUGCAAGACUCGCCCGGGAGCUCGAGGAUGAGUUCGUUCGGGUGGGCCCAGAAAAGGUGUGCGCAUUUGUGGCAGAGCCGGUUGUUGGAGCUGCUUUGGGAUGCGUUCCAUCCCUCCCUGGCUACUUCCGGGAAAUGAAGACGGUCUGUGACCGGUACGGAGCGCUCCUUAUCAUGGACGAGGUCAUGAGUGGCAUGGGCCGGUUGGGAACUCUUCACGCAUGGGAAGACGAAGAUGUGGUGCCCGACAUCCAAACUAUCGGCAAGGGCCUAGGUGGGGGGUAUCAGCCGAUCGCUGGCGUUCUCAUCAACAGAAAGGUGAGCGAGGCAUUGGAGAAGGGCUCCAGGUGUUUCGUUCACGGACACACGUAUCAAGGUCAUCCUGUUGCAUGUGCAGCAGCACUCGCAGUACAGCAAAUCAUCCAAGAAGACGGCCUCCUCGGCAACGUGCGGACCAUGGGCCAAGUGCUAUCGGAGCUUCUGAGAAAGGGCCUCCAAGACGAGCCUUACGUCGGGGACAUUCGUGGCAAAGGGCUCUUCUGGGGCAUCGAGUUUGUGCGGAACAGGGACACGAAAGAGCCGUGGCCACAGGAGGCACAUGUUGCAACGGGAAUCAGCGAUCUCGGACGCACGGAGGAUUAUGGCAUUGUGGUGUAUCCUGGAGCAGGUACUGUGGACGGUAUACUAGGCGACCACAUUAUCGUGGCACCGCCAUACACCGUGACGAAGCGCGAUGUCGAGCAUGUUGCAGAGACGGUGACAAGACUGAUCAAGGGGUAUUUCUCAGGCUUGGAAUAA